AUGGAAGCCAGGUUCAAAGACACCCAGGCAGAUAUAAAAACCCUGAAGGCUCACUUUAUGAACACCACUGGCACUGCUCCUCCCUCUAUCAUCUUUGUGGACAAACCCCCACCAAAUAAUGCCAAAAUGGCGGAGAAAAUGAGGCAGUUGAAGAAAAAGGGAUAUGAAGAUGGUCUGUACAUUGCACCAGAUAAUUCAACAAUGCUUGCACACAUCCCCUUGCCAGAUGGUUCCAAAAAGGUUGAUGUAACCUUAAAUGCCAUUGCUGAUGCAAAAGCAAGGGUGAAAAAGGAUAGGCAGGAAAAGGAUAAAGGAAGUUUUGAACCGGAGAAGAGAGUUUUUAUGGAGAUGAAUGAACAGGGUAUUUCUGAGCCAAAGGAUCUAGAAAAUCCUCAGCCCAUAAGAAAGUCUACUAGAAAAGUCAUACAACCCAAAACCACACCUCCCAAAUCCAGAAAACAAAAUCCCAAAUCUUCCAAAAGCUCCACACAUCAAUCUUCCAAACCAACAGAUGUUAAAACACCUGUUGUAUCAAUAAUUGUUGCUUCUUCAGUGGUUUCAACAUCUGUUAUCCAAACAACUUUCACCACUAACACUUCAACACACACUACAUCCACUGCCUUAUCCCCAUUACCAAAAAUCUCUUCACCACCACCAAUACCACCUGCUAAAAGGCAGAAGACAACAGUUGACACAUCAUCCGUGGUAAUUGUAAUAGUGGUUGAAACCCCAGUGGUUUCAACAGCUGUUAGUCAAACACACACCAUCACUACUCAAACACCACAAACAAAACCAUCAUCACAAAACUUACCACCUGCCUUAAAGCAAAAGACAAUUGUUGAUACAUCAACAGUUGUAGUGACAACAGUGGUUGAGACACAAGUUGUUUCGACAACUGUUAGUCAAUUACCUACCACUUUUAACAAUCCUUCCCAAGCCAUAAUUCUGUUUGCUCCAAAACCUCAAAUAGAAACACCUCCUCCUGAAAGUGUGUAUACUGGAAGAAAAAAUCUUCAAGUGCAUGAUGAUGACAUACCAGCACCUGAUCCUGUUUCAUCUGUACCUUCUAAAAUCACCAAACCUGAAUCUUUCAUUCCUCCAAAAUUGGUCAAUCCAAUCAAAGAUCCAAUAGCUCUUCAAGGAUAUGACUUUGCAGAUACUACCCAGCAGGUGCCAGUUAUCCACUGGAAGUCCAUGCAGUAA